CCUGAAAAGAGCGAAAAUGGCACUUGGCAGAUAAUCGCAUGCAUGUGGCAUGGCACGGCAUGGUUGAGGAGAAAGGGGAAAGAAACAUUAAAGGACCCGACAUGUAAAAAAUUCGAGCGAGCGCUUUAACCUGUAAAACAAUUCGGGGAUACGAUGAGCGCAACCGCGGAGGAUACGUGCGAGUCGGCGGAGGAUGUGAUCGCGGUGGGCACCCACGUGAUAGUCAAGAAGCAGGGCUUCAGCAAGAUAUACAAAGUGUCGGAGAACGGUAUUCUGAUGCUGGGGAAGGAUCAGAGGGUGGAGAUGCGCGAGAUCAUCGGCAGGCCGUUUUGGAGCACCUUCGAGAUGGUGCCGUUGCCAGACAGCAGGAACACCUUCACCCUGAAGCUGACGGAUGGGGUGGAGUCGUGGAACGAUCUGAAGGGCGAGCUGAGCGGCUGCGACAAUCGUUCCAUCGUGGACGACGGCACGUCGCAGCGGCUGUCGAAGGAGGAGAUUCUGCGGCUGCAGGAGGCCGGCAAGACCGGCAGGGAGAUAAUCGGCAGCCUCAUCGAGAACAGCACGUCUUUCGCCGCCAAAACGGAGUACUCGCAGGAGAAGUACAUCAGGAAGAAGAAGCGCAAGUAUUUCAGAUUCCUGACGAUACACAGGACGUCGAUAUUGUCGCUGCACGAGGUGUACUUCGCGACGAAGCACGAGAAGAUCGGGGGAUUGAGGAUGGACGCUCUGGCGCAGAUACUGUCCUACAGUGACGUGCAGGCCGACGGCUUGCACCUGCUGUACAGCAGCGGAUUCCAGGGACUGCCCGCGGCGGCUAUGCUCGACAGAAUAGGCGCGAACACGAGCGGCCGUCUCAUCAACCUGCAUCCCGGUAACGUGCCUCAAACCACACUCGUCGAAGCCAUGAAUUUUCCACAGGAACUGAAAGACAGGCACACCAUGGUAAACAUCUACAGUCUCUUGAGAUUGUACCACCAGGGCGAAUCAAACGUAGUAGACAAUAUUUCUGAAAAGACUGUCGAUAGUAACAUUGAAGAAUUGUGCGAAGGUGAAAAACCAACGGAAGAAUCCGAGGAGGAAACUAAGAACGACCAAGUAUGCGAAACAGAUAUGGAAGUUUCGGAAGUGGAAACUGGGGCGGAAGAAAAUGGUACGCUUCUCACAAACGAUACCGGGGAAAAUAGCAACGCCGUGAAACGAAAACUCGAGUCUGAGGAGCCCGAGAAAGAAGCGAAGAAACCGAAAAAACCGAAAUGGUUGCUGGAGACAAAACACGCUGUGGAUUUAUUGAGUAACUCGAAGGCUCGUGGCUUGACUAUCUUCGCGAGAGAGCAUCCCUUGCAAAUCGCGAACGCGCUGCUGCCCUUCUUGGGAAUUUCGCGGCCGUUUGUCAUCUUCCACGCGUUUCGCGAGCCUCUACAGGAGACUUACUUUGAACUCAAACAGAAACGCAAUGUAAUAAAUGUGAGAUUGUUUACGAAUUUUUUACGUUCGUAUCAGGUGUUGCCCGACAGGACGCAUCCCGAUAUCCUGACGAACGAUACCGGCGGCUACAUUUUAACGGGUUACUUAGUUGAGUAAUAUAUAAAAUGUUUUUUAACAAAUUUUGAUACGAAAAGUUUGAUCGCAGUGUAGACCCGCAUAUCCGACACCAAUCGAAUGCCGAAAAUGUAAAACACGUUAAAAAAAAAAUUGUACACGGUUAUAAUUUUAUAUACAAAUACAAUUUUAUAUUACGUA